GUCUCUUCCGGGCUCUUCCGUAGACGAACGGCUCCGGUGACCACAUGCACCUCGCACUGUUGCCGCUGUGCCGUGAUGAGCUCCUCUGCGUCAGUGAUCUUGUUUAGGGUUUUCACCUUCAGAGUCAUCUCCACAAUAAGAGGCCUCAUCUCGACACCCUCGCCAAGGAUCUUUUCCGCCAGACUUUUGUAGGCAGCGCUGUUUGAGUUAUUGAAAUACUAGUUUAUUAAUAAUACCUUUUGCAUUUACUACAAUAAAUUGGCUGAGUGACUCUAAGUGGCUGAGUGGCUGAUUAACCUGAGUGUUACGAGUGUAAGAAGAGUUGUACGAGAAAAGUGAUAGAAGAUUCAUAAUAAAAAACUGGGUCACAGUGCGAUAAUGAGCGGUUGACUAAAUUAAGCACUGAUUAAACCUACGAGUUCUUCAGUCGGCUCUGCAUUAAUAGAUGUCACAUAAAUUCAAAAGCUUUAUCUCGACAGAGUGAAUAUUUACACAUCUACCGUUUACAGUACAUGUUUCAUUCUUUAUCAGCAUUCCAGCAAAACAGCAGCGGAAGCACCGUGCAUCUUCGAAGUUCCACCAUACAUGAUGUUUAGUUUCAAUUGGAGAUGCCUUGGAAACGCCCAUCCACGGUUCCGUAUCCGAAGGUUUGGCAUCGCUUCCAGUCGCGAGAUGUGACGAUAUCGGAACCGAGCGACAAUCACCUGGUGGAGUACCGGGUGGAAGAUCUGACCGCGGAUCGCUUCGAAGAUGCACUUCGCCAUUUUACGGAGCACUUUGCCGGCGAUGAGCCACUUGCCGCGAAUAGGGGAGUUGUCAGCGAUCCGGAAGCUAUGAGGGAUCAUUACGAUUUCUGGCGAUGGGUCUUCGAUCAGAAGAUGACCAUCGUUUGCUAUAAGGAAGGGUCGGAUGAAAUCAUCGGCGUCAAUUUGUUGUUUGUGAAGCUAGCCAGUGACGUAAAGAAAGAUGUUGUGGUCCGAAGUCAAUCCACACGGGACAUCGUGGAAAUCCACGGAUACAUGAUGACCGAGCGCUUCAACGUGUUCAACCUUCUUCACGUGGAUCAAUAUCUAAACGCCGUUGGUUUGGCCAUCAAUCGUCGCUACCGUGGCCUAGGAAUCGCUACGGAAAUGCUUCGUGCGAGAAUUCCGAUCUGUCGUGAGUUCCAAAUCCCAGUAACCGUAACCGAUUUCACCGCUCAAGGAUCGCAGCGAGCUGCCGAAAAAGCCGGCUUCCGAACCGAAGCGGAAGUCACGUAUGAAGAAUUGGCGCGGAUUCGACCCAACUUCGUCUUCCCUGGCAUCAAAGACAAAAGUCUCAAAAUGAUGAGUCUCUGGGUAGACCGCAAAUAAAUCAAACACUUCCAAAAAUA